AUGCUCUCGUUCAACACCACGACGACGUCUUCGAAUUUCCAAUCGGCCUCCUCCAAGUACUCGUUCGGAUCCACACUCUUCCCCGAGCACUUCUAUCCGAGCGGUCUGAGCCCGCGACAGUCGGAAGCCGUCGAACGACUCCGACCCGAACGAACCAUCCCGAUCCAAGUGGUGCCGAGUGCCGUACCCCAAGUGACCGUAACCUCGCCACGUGCCUCCAUCGUUCCUCAGUUCGCCUCCGAACGGCGCGGUCUUCAACCGGCCAACUAUCGACAAUUCGUGGCCGCACCCAAAUCGCCGCGUGGAUACGGAGACUAUCCGGAGAUUACCGGACGCCCUUCGCUCCCUUUGGUUGAAACUGAGGCCCCGCCCACUUUGGCUCAACCGGCUCAAGCGGCUCCAAACUCGUACGGAGCAUCAAUCUCACCGCAUCCCGUCUACUACUACGAGCCGAAUGAGCAACCGUUCCGAACGGCUCAAUUUACGACAACUCAUGCAGGUUUUGUGUGCUUUUUUGUGAACGUGUCAAUGUUUUUGUCCGCGUUUUUGUCCGCGUUUGAGAAAAGCGAAAAAGGGGAGAUUUUGUGAAUACAGCCACUAAAUUUCAAAUUAGUUUCUUUCGCAGAAUCGAAAAAUCAAACGUUUUUAUUGCAGAGGAGCAGCCAAAUGCGACGAUGGAGACGAAGGUGACCGGCCAGGGCCAGCCGAAGCGCGUCGGUCGCUGGACUCUCGCCCAGCUCCGUCAAACUGACGGUAUCCGCUUUUGAGCGACAACACGCUUCAAAUCGAUAAUAUUCAGGAAUUAUUCCGAGCCAGGCCGGAUGGAACAAGGGAGACUCGCAGAAGUUGAUGACCAACUUCGGAACGCCGAGAAACACGAACACGCGUGUCAAGUCUGAAAACCUUCAGGUACCAAACAGUUUAGGUCCAACUGUUCAUUCCGAAUUUGCAGGAGAUCCCAGAAGACAUUGCGCAGCGCACGCACGGAGAAGUCCGUCUUCAGUCGGGAACGAACAAGUACGCCUCGCAGCGCGGAAUGGUCGGAUUCGGAUCCGGACGUGACGUGUGCCGCGAGGGAGUCCGCGUCGGACAGAACCCCGCCGAUCUGGCUGUGAGUACUGGUAGCAGAGUUGAGCUGAACGGAAGAACUCAACGGAAGAAUUUUUAUCUUUUUUACAAAAUUUUUUCAUGAAAUGCGAUCAACUGACGAAAUGUGUAGCAAAGUGAACUCUGCUCAUAAAAAAAUUAAUUGUAAAGUUAACUUUCCAUACAAAAAAGUUAUUCGAGUUGUUCCGUGAAAAAAGGGCUAACGGAAGACGGAAGGACAUUUUCAUGCAACAACUCGAAUAACUUUUUUGUAUGAAAAGUUAAAUUUACAAUUAUUUUUCUAUGAGCAGAGUUCACUUUUCUAUACAUUUCGUCAGUUGAUCACGUUCCAUGAAAAAUUUUAAAAAUUUUAAAAAUUUUAAAAUUAAAAAAAAAAAUUUAUGACUGACAAGGGAUGAUUGUGACCCCCCCCCAACUUGGAAAAUUCUCAAAAAAUUCUCAAAAAUCAGAAAAACGCAGAAUAGCACGCUCGAAUUUUUUCAGAAUUACGCCAAAUUUUUUGGAUUUUCCAGAACGUUCCAAAGUGCUUUUGAAGUGCUUAUUUGACCUUCCACGUGGCCAUAUUUGAAUUUUCCUGCUGAAAAAGUGAAAAAAAACUUUAAAAAAUUCGGCCAAAUUCUGGAAAAAAAUUGAGCGUGCUAUUCACAAUUUUUCCGAUUUUUUUAGGAGAAUUUUUUCCAGAAUUUUCCAAGAGCAUUCCCUUGUGAAAUUUGCAAAACCGGGCGGAAUUAAAAGUGGGGUUUCGAUUUGAAUGUCUUUGCCAACUUUUGAUCGCCGUGUGUACGAUGUUUCAUGCCUAGUGUAAAAAAGAUUCGAAACUUUGGUCGUACAGUAGUAAUCCAGACCUUUUUGUUUACUGUUCAUCUCGCACACACGUUCUUUCACAUUUUCCUGGUGUGUGUGUGUGUGUGUGAGAAUCGACUUAGUGAUAGGGAUUAGUACGGUAGUUUGCAAACAAGGGACCAAUUUGCAGGAGCUGCCCGAAGAGAAGAUCCGUCUUUCGGAGGGAAUCGUGCGUCUGCAAGCGGGAACGAACAAGUACGAUUCGCAGAAAGGAAUGACCGGAUUCGGUACCGGACGUCGUGAGACCACGAAGAUGGUCGACUCGAAGCAUCCGGAGUACGACCACGAGAAGCCGGAUCAGUCGGAGAUUCCGCUGCAGUCGGGAACGAACAAGUUCGCGUCGCAGAAGGGAAUGACCGGGUUCGGAACGGCGCGUCGCGAGACCACCAAGAUGGUCGACACGAACCAUCCGGACUACUCGCACGAGCAGUCCAUCGACCAGACGACGAUUCCGUCGCAGAUGGGCUCCAAUCAGUACGCGUCGCAGAAGGGAAUGACCGGAUUCGGACAGCCGCGUUGGGAGGUCCUCGACCCGUCCAUCUCGUGGCAGAACCGCAAGUCGCAGGGAAUGGUCCGUCUUCAGUCGGGAACCAAUCGAUUCGCAUCGCAAUCUGUGAGUGUCCACAACAAAACAUUAAUCGAUGGAUCGUCUAUUUGCAGGGUAUGAUCGGAUUCGGAACCGUCAGAAACACGACCUUCGAGGCCGAGGGAGGCGAGCUGCCGUACGAGGCGAUGAAGGUGUCCGAGACGAUCAUUCCGAGCCAGGCCGGAUGGAACAAGGGAGACUCUCAGAAGGCGAGUGCGGUUGCCGAAUGUCUGAUGGUUGCGAAAUGUUCGGUGCCUGACGUUUCGCAACUAGAUCGACGUUAAACGAAAACCGAGACGAAACACAUUAAAAUCUGAAAUGUUUUGCAGAAGAUGACGUCAUUCGGAGCCCCGCGUGACGUGAAGGGCAAGCACUUGAAGAGAAUCUGGGAAUUGGAGUACCCGGAGGAGGCCGAGGUCUCGCUCGAUCGCCUCUAA